AAGUAUAUAAAGCUCCCCCAGCUCCCCCAUCGGUGCUCUGUUGCUUCAGGAGAUCAAAGCGUCGUUCUUGAAUAAAUCGCAGUUGGCAACGGUGACGGCAUAACUCUUGUGUCGCUCUCGGGCCUCAUCCAGUCUAAAACAUCUACGCGAAGGGCUCGCGUCGCGUUCCACGAUUCUUCGAACCAACCUCUCCCUGUCUGAGAUCAUACCUAACGACCUUGUAAUUUCGUCUUUGCUUCUUCGCGUCUUCGUCUCUGUUUCAAUUCCCUUCUUCCGACUUCAAAGAACUCAACACGCCCAUCGCUCCUUCUCGUCUUCCUGCUUCUUCUCCCCCUUAGUAUGCUGUAACCCGGCGAGAAGAUCCCUUGACAUCCGUCACCCACAACCUUUCAAUCCCGCCUUCUGCACACAAUGUCGUCUCCGGCAUCAUUCGCUAUGGACAUGGACGCGUCACAGACACCAGGAAAUCCCUUCCUCGACAUUCCAACGCGUCCAAUGCGAGUCAAGGUCCUUUACACGUUCGACAACGACAACAAGACGAACUGCCUCGCUCGCUUCCCCGACAUCCUCCACGUCCCCACAGUCCCUAUCGACGAGAACACUCAGAUUGGUGUCAUCGAACUUCGAACAUGUAUUCGCGCCAUCGUAUCGGCCAGUCCGGAACUCGUGUCGCGUCUGACCCAAGGCGACUUCACCAUCUAUGCCUACGACUACUCGGAGUAUGAGACGCCACUGGUGGGCCAAGGAAUGCUGUCGUCCGUGCUUGCCGCCGCCUCGCCCACCCCCACUGCCCCUGCAUACCAAUCCAAGACGAUGAUCACCGGUCGCGUCUGUAAAAACAUCAUGGGCCUCUUCUCAAACGGCGUAAAGGAGACGUUGGAAGUCAAACUGAGGCUGGUCCCGGUACCCAAGCCCGUCCAGGGUGACUUCAUCAAGAGCAUGGAAAUCUACCGGAACCUCAACCCCGCCAUGUCUGCCGGCUUCGAUCCUAACGCCUGGUCCGCUUCCUUCUCACAAUCUGGCCUCUCUCUUGGAGCUCCUUUCGAAGAAGGCCACACACCAACCCAGAUGAGACAGGAUAUGCCCGACCAUGACAUGAUGUCUUUCCAACGCCCAAGACAAGGGUCUAAUGCUAGCUUCCAUGGUCAACCAUCCUUCUCGGGUCCCACCCCAUCCUACAGUGGUCCUCCAAGCCGAGUCAACAGCCCUGCCAUGAACCAAUCUGGACCUCAAACGUACCCUGCCGAAAACAUCGCCAGACCUUCAUCACGGAUGUCAAUGCAGAGUGAAAUGCACCACGAGCGCAGAGGAUCGAUGGCCGGAUCGGAGCAAUAUCAGGAGGAGGGCUCAGCAAGGAAAAGAGUCAAGGUGACACAGGCUGAUUGGCGUGGCAAAUCUACUUUUGGUGGCCCCUCAGACUCACUGCGCGUGACGGCCAGUACUGCAGCAUCUAUCCGCGUGCACAAGCCUGUCGCCAUGCGUCCCGGUAUGAUGGGCAACUCGUUGGAGCCCCCUCCCAGAGUCCCGACGCCAGUCCCACAAAUCAACCUUCCCGGAUCCCGACCCAAUGCCGGAAGCAUUCUCCGUCGCGAGUCGUCUCUUGCCAGAACCCAGACCUACAACUCUCCCUACGACCCCACGCCUAGCUGUCUUCCACCUCCUUCUGACUCGGCUAUGAGCUCUCCAGAAGAUGCCGUGACCGAUCACAUUGGAAUAACCCCUACCGAAUUUCCGUCGUCACCACCUCUUCUCCCCGAGCCUUCUAGUCCAGGGCUGCCUUCGUUCUCUAGACCUGCUGAUUCAGGUUAUAUGAGCUCGGCAUUUGAAUGUCAUGACGAUGACGAAGAUCGUUCUGUAUGUGAGGAGGAUAUGCAAAUCGCCGCUCAGUACAGGCCGAGAACACAGGCACCACCUUCAGGACUGUCUUUCAUCGAGCAGACACCCGGUCCUCCAGAGUUGCUGCCUACACGAAUGCAAAUGUCCAACAACGGCAAGAUGGACGAUGCCGCCGCUGCAGCUCAGGCAGAACUGUCACGCAAGAAGGCCCGCAAUGCCGUGCUGGCCCAAAAUUCACGCAGAAAUUCUGUGGCAUUGCCGCCCAAACCACAAUUACAAUCAAACAAGCCUAGCAUGGCGAGGUCUGCAUCAAUGAUUGUGAGGUCCGAUGCUGCAUCACCUGCACCCACUGACCUCAAAGCUCCUCGCAGUGGCUCCGGAGCGCAGAGAAAGAAGAACAUUCAAGACAAGCUUCAAAAGUCGAUCGAAAAUGGUGAGAUGCCUCCUUUCUGCGGCCACUGUGGUGCCAUCGAAACACCAACUUGGCGCCAUUUGUUUGUAAAGACGGUCGUGGGUUCUCCCGACGACAUGGACCUAGAGAGUGAAAAUGUGACCAUCGGGAUUGAGGUGCUCGACCGCAAUCCUGACACGCAAAGAUCUAUCAAGUAUCGCAUCAUCAAAUCCAUGCGUAAGACCAAAGACUCCCAAGAGCAAACGAUAGGGUUUGAUACUAUGCAAGUGUGCAAUCCUUGCGGCCUCUGGUUCAACAAGUUCAAAGUGAUGCGACCUGCUGACAAGUGGGUCAAGAAGCAGGCGGUCUCGCGCAAGAAGCAACAGCGCAAGGCUAUGCCACCUGCUGGUCCGUCGGAGCCGCAGUCGGACUACUUUGUCGAUCAGCCUUCAGCAUUGUACACUGAUGCUGUUCAGCCUGAGGACGAUAACGACAAUGAUAACGACAACGACAGCCGGUCGAGUGAGGAGCGAACGAGUGAGGAGACUGCACCACCUGCCAAUCGCCCGAGAGCUAGCAGCAUGCAGCCUCAACCCAAGCAUGACGGAAACGAGAAGCAAUGGACUGGCCCAGAGCUGGAUGCAGCGUUGCAUCGUGCCAUUCAGAGCAGUCCUGCCCGCUUCGUUGGCUCCCAAGAGAGCCCUAUCGAGGUCGAAGCUGAGCUAACUCCUAGACCAACGCGCCGUCUACUGUUCCCUUCUCCUCGCGAGAGAAAUGGUCAGAUGAAAACACUCGAUGACCUCGCUCUCCCUGGUGCAAAGCCUCAAUCAAGCACUAUCAUCGAGAUGGCAUUCGUGGAGGAGCCCAAUAAAGAGAAUUGCCCACCUCGGGAUGAGGAUGAUGAUCUUGCACAUCUGUUCGAGUGUUCGCCCAAUGUCUUCAAGACACCUCGCAAGACUCCUGAGAAGAACUCUAUCCAUCAUCAGGACACUCUCCUCAAGACCCCCACACCAUCUCGCUCUUCUCUUCGCACAGUUGCACGCAACACUCGCACACCUAGCGGUAAUCAAGGCUCGACGUUCUUGCCCACCUUUAGUUCAGCUGAGGCUAAGAACCUCUUCCCUACUACCCCGUCCAGGUGGGCAAAUUUGUCAUCACCGUCUAGAAACCAGAUGACACCUUUCACUCGCCAGCUGACACAACUGCUGAGCGAUGCCCACCACGAGGCACCAUUCCUCAGCCCUGGCCGUCAAUUCGAGUUUUCGGAUGCCAUGCCUACCUUUAUGACACCCGGAAGAUCACUUGAUUUCAACUUCGACGAUUUUGACAUGAUGAAUGUCGAUAUCAGCGCUGGCGUGACUAGCAAUCCUAAUGGUAACAACUCCCUUGCGAAUACUGCAAUCACCGACGCAACCUCCGCUCUUCACGCAACAACCACAGACGCUCCUGUUGAGCACAACACAACCACUACUACCACAUGAUGAGACUAUGACAUUAUUUACUGUACGACCACUGGCAUUAAAUGGAAGGGAAAGGAAGGAAAGGAUACACGAGGGAGAUGGUACAUAAUGGACCAAUACAUGGGACUCGGAUUGUAACAAUAGGAUGGACGCAACAUUGCUAGGCGGCGGACAACUAUAUUGAACCGAGGGUAGCAUAGCAUUACUGUAACAGAACUGAAAGCGCAUCAAUACGCAUGUUUCUCACACAAAUCCCA